AUGAAUAAUACUAUUCUCAUCGCAUUGCUCGGUCUUGCAGUCUUUGCCUUCUACAAGGCAGUGGUGGCUAUCGCUGUUAGCAGACAGAAUGCCGCCAAAGCGCGAGAGCUGGGUUGCAAGGAGCCUCCAAUGAUUAGAAAUCUGGGAUUUCUCGGUAUAUCACAUCUCAAGCGAGCAAUGGCUGCAGACAAACAGCAGCUGUUUCCGGAUUUCUUAGUCGACAGACAAGAUAGCAUCAGCAAGGAAUUUGGCCGUGRGGUUACGACAGUGAAGGGACACCUUUUCGGUCAGGUUGGUUACUUCACCAGCGACCCAGAAAACGUAAAGGCUAUCCUGGCCACCCAGUUCCAGGACUUUGAUCUGGGGCCGAUAAGGAAUACCAUCAUGGGAGAAGUCCUCGGAUCUGGCAUUUUCACGCAGGAUGGCCCAAAGUGGAAGCACUCUCGUGAAAUGCUGAGGCCCAACUUUGUUAGAGAUCAGAUCAGCGACUUGGAUAUGGAGGAGCAUCAUGUCGAGCAUCUGAUGGCCGAGUUACCAGUCAAUCAAGCAACUGGGUGGACAGAUUUCACCGACAUCCAAACUCUCUUCUUCCGCCUGACCAUCGAUGCGUCAACGGAAUUCCUGUUUGGAGAAUCAGUAAACAGCCAAGUUUCCGAAGGCCGUCAUUCCGCUGUCGCAAAGGCCAACUUGCGUGACGAGAAGGCCUUUAGCAUCCACUUCGACUCAGCCCAAGCUCAUAUGACGACGAAAUUCAGACUAGCUAAUUUCCAUUGGAUGCAUAAUCCCAAGGAGUAUCAAGUCGACAACAAGAUUGUCAAUGACUUCGUACGGACAUAUGUUGAUGCGGCUCUUGGGAAAGGUCAGGCAGCAGACAUCGAGAAGGCACCGCAAAGCGACAAAUAUGUCUUUAUGCAUGAGCUGGCCAAGAACACGAGGAAUCCCGAUGAGCUCCGAGCACAGUUGCUCAAUAUCUUGCUUGCUGGCAGAGACACGACGGCCUCUCUACUCUCGUGGUUCUUCCACGAAAUGCUACGAAACCCAGAUUGCUUCAACAAACUCCGACAAACUGUCGUCGACACCUUUGGCACAUACGACAACCCCCAAGACAUCACCUUCGCAACUCUCAAAGGCUGUCAAUACUUGCAAUAUUGCAUCAACGAGACCCUUCGUCUUUGGCCCGUUGUUCCCACCAAUGGCCGCCGCACAAACAAACCCACGACUCUACCUCGUGGAGGCGGACCAGACGGCCUCUCCCCAGUCUUCCUCCCCGCCGACACCCCAGCAGAUUACUCCGUCCACGUCAUGCAUCGUCGCAAAGAUCUCUGGGGCGAAGACGCCCAAGAAUUCCGCCCCGAACGCUUCGCCAACAGGAAAGUAGGCUGGGAGUUCUUACCCUUCAAUGGCGGCCCUAGAAUCUGUAUCGGACAGCAAUUCGCGCUGACGGAAACGAGUUAUGUGCUUGUGAGACUAUUGCAGAGAUUUGAUCAGAUUGAGGCUGCGCCCGGUGAAUUGGAGCAGAGGGCUACAAGUCGCCUUUCUCUCACCAACUGUCCUGGGAGACCGGUUACGCUGAGGUUGCAUGAGGCGAAGGCGUAG